GGGGACCCGGAGCGGGAAGAUGGCGGCGGCGCAGGAGGCGGACGGGGCCGGCAGCGCCGUGGUGGCAGCCGGGGGAGGCUCCGGCUCCGGUCAGGUGACCAGCAAUGGCAGCAUUGGGAGGGACCCGCCGGCGGAGACCCAGCCCCAGAAUCCCCCACCACAGCCAGCGCCCAAUGCCUGGCAGGUUAUCAAAGGCGUGCUGUUCAGGAUCUUCAUCAUCUGGGCCAUUAGCAGCUGGUUCCGCCGAGGGCCGGCCCCUCAGGACCACGCGGGCCCCGGAGGAGCCCCACGUGUCGCCAGCCGCAACCUGUUCCCCAAAGACACUUUAAUGAACCUGCACGUGUACAUCUCGGAGCACGAGCACUUUACGGACUUCAAUGCCACAUCGGCGCUGUUCUGGGAGCAGCACGACCUGGUGUACGGCGACUGGACCAGCGGCGAAAAUGCGGACGGCUGCUACGAGCACUUUGCUGAGCUGGACAUCCCACAGAGUGUCCAGCAGAAUGGCUCCAUCUACAUCCACGUCUACUUCACCAAGAGCGGCUUCCACCCAGACCCCCGGCAAAAGGCCCUGUACCGCCGGCUUGCCACAGUCCACAUGUCUCGGAUGAUCAACAAAUACAAGCGCCGGAGGUUCCAGAAGACCAAGAACCUGCUCACAGGAGAGACUGAGGCUGACCCGGAAAUGAUCAAGAGGGCCGAGGACUAUGGGCCCGUGGAAGUCAUCUCCCAUUGGCACCCCAACAUCACCAUCAACAUCGUGGAUGACCACACGCCCUGGGUGAAGGGCAAUGUGCCCCCACCGCUGGACCAGUACGUGAAGUUCGACGCAGUAAGUGGCGAUUACUACCCCAUCAUCUACUUCAACGACUACUGGAACCUGCAGAAGGACUACUACCCCAUCAACGAGAGCCUGGCCAGCCUGCCACUGCGCGUGUCCUUCUGCCCACUCUCACUGUGGCGCUGGCAGCUCUAUGCUGCGCAGAGCACCAAGUCGCCCUGGAACUUCCUGGGUGACGAGCUGUACGAGCAGUCUGAUGAGGAGCAGGAUUCAGUGAAGGUUGCCCUCCUGGAGACCAACCCCUACCUGCUGGCGCUCACCAUCAUCGUGUCCAUCGUGCACAGCGUCUUCGAGUUCCUGGCCUUCAAGAAUGACAUCCAGUUCUGGAACAGCCGGCAAUCCCUGGAGGGGCUGUCGGUGCGCUCCGUCUUCUUCGGCGUGUUCCAGUCCUUCGUGGUUCUCCUCUACAUCCUGGACAACGAGACCAACUUCGUGGUCCAGGUCAGCGUCUUUAUCGGGGUCCUCAUCGACCUCUGGAAGAUCACCAAGGUCAUGGACGUGCGGCUGGACCGGGAGCACCGGUUGGCGGGCAUCUUCCCCUGCCCGACCUUUAAGGACAAGUCCACCUACAUCGAGUCCUCCACCAAAGUGUACGAUGACAUGGCGUUCCGGUACCUGUCAUGGAUCCUCUUCCCGCUGCUGGGCUGCUACGCCGUCUACAGCCUGCUGUACCUGGAGCACAAGGGCUGGUACUCGUGGGUGCUCAGCAUGCUCUACGGCUUCCUGCUGACCUUCGGCUUCAUCACCAUGACACCCCAGCUCUUCAUCAACUACAAGCUCAAGUCUGUGGCCCAUUUGCCAUGGCGCAUGCUCACCUAUAAAGCCCUCAACACCUUCAUUGAUGACCUGUUUGCCUUCGUCAUCAAGAUGCCCGUCAUGUACCGGAUUGGCUGCCUGCGGGACGACGUGGUCUUCUUCAUCUACCUCUACCAACGGUGGAUCUACCGCGUCGACCCCACCCGCGUGAACGAGUUUGGCAUGAGUGGAGAGGACGUAGCCCAGGCCUCCACAGCAGCAGGUGCCCUCACCCCUGUCCCCAGCACGGCCACCACUGCCAGUGCCAGGGAGGAGGCCACAGCCCUGCCGGCCAAGCCCACUCCAGGGGCCGGCUCUGCCAGCGAGCCCCAGGACACCCCUCCAAAGCCAGCAGAGGACAAGAAAAAGGAUUAGCCGCUCCGUCCUCGUCCUCUGCAGCUCCUGGUGACACCGCCCGCCUCCCGGCCCCUCGCCUCUCCUCCCUACCGCCCUCUCCCUGGACAGAUCAGGCCGGGCCAGUGGGAGGCCCCUCAGGCCAGGGCCCAGCACGCGAGGUGGGGCCGGGGAGGCCAGGGUUUGGCUGUGUGCGGAGGCGCCGUCUGUCUGUCUGUCUGUCCUGUGUGUGUCCAGCCGUCGCCCUGCCAGCCCAGUACCAUCUGAAAUCAUGGGGAAGCUGACAGGCGCUGCCGAGGGGGGGCCGUCGGGGGAGGGGCCGGGCCGGCUGUGGGCCACCUGCGGUCAUCCAUCGUCUUGUCCCUCGUCCCCACCACCCCUCCUCCCAGACCGCCGCCCUUUAACAGUCUGGAUUUAAUAAAUUCAUAUGGGUGUUUAACUUAAAACUUGA